UGAAGAAUUCCGCACGGGGCGCUGUAGCUGUGUUUCUUUUGUGUUUUCUGUUUGGGAAAAUUGCUCAACCAUUUUUUGCGCUCCAGGCAAAAUACAGCAUUUCAUUGGGAAUUUGUUUAGAUUUUGUGUGAUAAUUGAUUUAAAACUUGGUGAAAAAAUAUCAUUGUCAAAAUGAGUAAUGAAUCGUGUUCAGAAAAGGCUGAAUCGCUUUCAGAGUCGGAAGAAAUGCCUUCUGCCUCAUCUUCGGAAAUGGAUUAUGCCCAGGUCCAGAUAAGAGAGGAAAAUAUGCUAGAUAUGUCACAAAAGGCUAAAUCGCUUUCCGAGUUCGAAGAAAUGUCUUCUGAGUCAUCUUCGCAAAUGGACUAUGCGCAGAUAAAGGAGGAAGCUGAUAAGCUAUAUAAGAUGAUGUUUAGUGACCCGGAUGAUAGGACAAAAGUCUUGCUAAGUUGGUAUGAAGAGAGGCAGGCUGAUUUGCAAGAUCUCUACAGAUUUCGCUUCGAUUCUCUCUUGUACGAUGCAUUGAAGGAGGCUGCUCUCCAGCAGGUCACCGUAAUAAAUAAAUUGAAUAGCAGUCAAGUUGCAGAAUUUGAAGAAACUUUGAAGAAAGGUGAUGAGAUAAAAUUUGCCAUCAAUGAUGUCACCGUUACUGAAGAAAUUGUCAAGCAGUACGAAGUUAACUUAAACAAAAAGUCCCUGAUGGUAGAAGCUGAUGCUCAGGACAUUUGCAAUCAAAUUUCUUCAUCUACCAAAGCCUUGGAGAACUUAUGCCACGAUAUGGCUCAUGAGCUUACUUUGCAGGAGGAAGUGGAACAAAAUCUGAGAAAUGAACAUGAUUGUUGCGAAGAUUUGGUGAAAAAAUUGAAUGGUGAGACUAGGAAGUACAAUGCCUUGGUUCCGAUGAGGAAUCAGCGCACAGAAGCUCUUGUCAAUAUUGAGAACCAGAAAGCUAUUUUGCAAAAAGAAAUGGUUGAGGGAGCAAAGUUGCAAGAUGACAUUGCCAAUCUGCAAGAUUCUCUCAUCAAGAAAGAAAAUCAAUUGAGCACUGAUUUGCAGAAGAUGGAUAAAUAUCUGUCCAUGAAUGAAUCCACUGUGAUGGAUAUGAGAGAAAAAGUUCAAAAUAUUGAAGCUGAAACAGCUGAUUAUCUCAAUAAGUCCACCAAAUCCGUUGAAGAUGCCAAGGCUGUUCUUGAGGCUGACAUCAAAUCGAACACGGAGGCUCUAGAUAAUUUCGAUGUCAGUACCAAAAAGAUCUUUGAUAAUUUGUCUGAAGCCAAUGAAAAUCUCAUUGAGAUAAGGGAAGAACUUUACCAGAAAAAGGAGAUCCUUCAACAGGAAUUUGAUGAACUAGAAUUAAAACAGAAGGAUUCAGAGGCAAAGUUGGAGAUGUUAGAAGAACUACAGACUUUGCAGGAUAACAUUGAAUCCAAGGAAAAGGAUCCCUUUAACCGUCCGCAAUUGUUGGCCAUUUCUUCAGAAUCCUCAAAGUCAACUUCGAGCGAAAAUAGCAAGGCCACAUUAGGGACUUCCAUGACAGGGACAACUGGUUUGUUCAAGAAACCUAUUCCUCCUACAGAUUAAAAGGCUUCAGUAU